UCGUUAACUUUAGACCAGUUGCCUUGAUGCAGCCGUCGCUAGCUAAACAAACAUGGCUCUGCUACAUUAUGAAACAGCGGACCUCAGUGAUACGUAGGCGUGCGCGACGAUUAAUGAGAAAAGUGCCAAAUGUAAAGCUGUAGAUGGAGAGCUGAUACGGUGUCGAGUGUGUUAGCUCAGUGUAGCUCUUUGUCACCGUGUUUACACACUGCUAGCUCUUCAGCUAAUGUGAGCUAGCGAAGAUGGACCUUGGAACAAUGUUGUACAACAAUUUAAAAGAUGUUACAUGGAGCACGACGUCCUUACCCUUAGAUCAACUUGUCAGUGCUUAUAGGUUGCCUCAAAUUGCCAAGCUGGACAACGGUCAGUUGGUUGAAGGGCUCAGAGACAACGACUACCUCUUGAUUCAUUCCUGUCGUCAGUGGACGACUAUUACUGCUCACAGUUUAGAGGAGGGACACUAUGUCAUUGGGCCCAAAAUAGAGAUCCCAGUGCACUAUGAAGGUCAGUUUAAGCUACUGGAGCAGGACAGAGAUGUCAAGGAGCCUGUGCAGUACUUUAACAGCGUGGAGGAAGUGGCUAAAGCAUUCCCUGAGAGGGUAUACGUUAUGGAAGAAAUCACAUUCAAUGUUAAGAUGGCCUCAGGGGAAUGCAAUGAAGACACUGAAGUUUACAACAUUACACUAAGCACCGGUGAUGAAUUGACAUUAAUGGGUCAGGCUGAGAUCCUAUAUGCCAAGACCUCCAAAGAAAAAUCAAGAUUCAACACUAUUUUCAAGAAGAUUGGGAAGCUAAAUUCCAUCAGUAAGAUCGGUCGAGGCAAGAUGCCUUGCUUGAUCUGCAUGAACCAUCGCACCAAUGAGAGCAUUAGCCUGCCUUUCCAGUGCAAAGGUCGGUUCAGCACCUGUAGUCCACUGGAACUUCAGAUGCAGGACGGUGAACACACCAUCAGGAACAUUGUGGAAAAAACACGUCUCCCAGUCAAUGUCACAGUACCCAGUAGUCCACCCCGCAACCAGCAUGACCUCCACCUCAUCCGCGAGGGUCAUCGCUACAAAUUGGUCAACAUUCAGACAAAAACAGUGGUUGUGUGCUGCAUUCUGCGAAGCAACAAAAUUAUCCCGAUCCAUUUUCCCUUUCACAUGGCCAUGCCAAGAUUUAUUAUUCCAGAGGAACUGCUGCAAGGAGAGUUGUGGCUUGAUACAAUGGUACAUCGCUGGUUCUCCUUCUGCCAGGAGCAGUUUGACAUAGAUGACUAUUCUCGAGCCGUCCGGGAUGUGAGGACAGACUGGAACGACGAUGGUAAGAGCCCCAAGAAAAGCAGUGGGAAUGGUAGUUGCAGUGGAAGCAGCGGAGGCAGCAGCAGCACCAACGGGUGUCCCAACCACAUGCAGAUUCCCAGCUCUUUAACUUACGCCCGGGAUGAGCUCACCCAGUCUUUUCACCGACUAUCUGUGUGUGUGUAUGGCAGCAACCUGCACGGUAACAGCGAGGUGAAUUUGCAGGGCUGUAUGACACUAUGUGGAGAUUGGGCUCUUCUGCCCUCUGAUAGCAUCCCAUCAGACUCAGGAGAAAAUGAACUUUUCUUCCCCGAGCUGUUGGAGAGCACAAACCAACAACCAUCCCUCAACAAGUCGGAUGUUCCCUAUGAGGAGCUGUGGUUGGAUCACUUGAGAGGUCAGAUCCCAAAGCCUUCUCUAAAUGAGGGGAUUCGAGGGAUCAACAAUGGCUGUGGUACAACAGCAGCACUGUCAUACCCAGUUACAUGUCCUCUUGCUGCAGCAACCAGUUCAGAUACGUCUCUUAUUCCACCACCGGUCCCACCCAAGUCUGAAGCAGUGAAGGAAGAAUGCCGUCUUUUAAAUGCCCCACCAAUUCCUCCACGAAGCUUGAAACAGAUGCCAUCAGUGCCCAUCCUGUCUAAACCACGGCAGCAAGAGACUCGGUCUCCAAGUCCAACCCUCUCCUAUUAUUCUUCUGGUCUCCACAACAUUAGUGGAGCGUGUGAGCAAGAGGCAGCAGACCCACAGGAGCACAUGUGCUACCCUUGUAACUGGGGUAAGUCCAACAGCACUGAGCCAAAUACUACAUUACCCAGUGGCAGCCUGCCUUCAGAUGGGAUGUCGUCCAGGUUGUCUUGGCCAAAUAACUUCAGUGGAGGAGAAUCACAUGGCAUGGAUGAAUUUCUGCCAGUGAGCUGUCGAAGCUACUACAGUUACCCCAGAAAGAGAUCCCCGAGCACCCCAAAAACCUGUACGUCCAGCCUUGUUGACUUCGAUGGCCGAGAACAUGCACACUGCAGUAAGGACUUCGGGCUGCAGAAAGCUUCUCUGAAUCAGUUUUGCACCAAAUCUUCAAGUUACAAUUCAGAAAUGUACAGAGACAAGCCAAUAGAGGAAUCUAACGCAAAGCAGAGCCUCUCUUGCCCCAUCUUGCCACCGAGAACACCAAAAUCAAAUGCCAUAAAAAUGUGCACAGAUUUACUGUCAGGAUCAAUUUGCGGCAGCGAGCAAGAGACUUCAGAUUGCUCACUUGCUCAACAUGAGCAGGGCACAAAAGAGAUAUAUUCCAUCUCUAACUCAUUAACCCUUAACUGUCCAUCCCUGUCUCCCACUGCACAGUGGCAGCCCCCAUCUAAUCUGGCUGGUCUUUCUAUUGAAGAGGUGUCCAAAUCUCUAAGGUUUAUUGGCCUGCCAGAUGACAUCGUUUCUCUUUUUGUGUCUGAGAAGAUUGACGGGAAUUUACUCCUGCAGCUCACUGAGGAGAUUUUGUCUGAGGACUUCAAGCUAAGCAAACUGCAGGUGAAGAAACUCAUGCAGUUCAUAAAUGGGUGGAGACCCAAGAUAUAACUAAACAGUAUAUGACACUAAAUCCUGUUAUAACGCAGAGAAGAUCAUGCCUUCAGUAUAUAUGCUAUGCACACCAAGCCACAAAGAGUUUCUUUUUGUAUAAUAUGAAUUUAUUUCCUUGUUACUACAUUGUGGGGAAGAUAGUUGGAUAAGAUUUCCCAGCCUACUUAAGUCUGUGACUGCUAUUUACUAACUAAAUGGAAUCAUUCGGCACUUUCACGAAGACAUUUUCAUGUCAGCUACUUAGUACUUUUUGACCCUUUUUUUUGAAGCCUAUGAGUGUUCAUGUUGUCCUAAUAGAUAACAACAUAUUUAAUGGAAAACCUUGACCUGAUGAGGGACAGGGAAACAUAAUUAAGAGAUCUGCUUUAUGAAGACACGUAUGACUCUGUUCUUAAAACAUUGUGCUAGUUCUAGGAUUUUUAAAAGAGCACAACCGAAUGGUGGGCUAUAGUAAAUGUUGCUUAUUUGCCACAUGAAAAAGCGAAUUGAUUUUAAAGUGGAUACACAGUUGGAAAUUUUGGUAAUCCGAAACAUUUUGGUAUUUUAUAUAUUUUUAUUUUAGUAAUUACAAGCGAAUGUGUCAAGCAUACAGUUAUUAUGGAGUUAGUGACAUACGAUAUACGCACUGCUUUUCAACUCUUCGUUUUCACGAGGUAAAGGGAUGGAGAAUGUUGCGGCGAGUUCUUUUCUAUAUCUGCAAUUUAAGUCGAGGCCAGUCAACUGCUAACAGUAUAACGGUAUUAAGAUAAAAAGUUAAAAAUCCACUCCUCUGAGCUCUUCCUAAGUUUUAAGCUUAGUGAACAAAUCAAGAAACAGUCAGUCUCUGAGCCUGUGUUAUCAUACUGAUGUACAGAUGAAAGAAUUGAAAAAAUGAGACAGGAGUUGUGACAUUACUGAAUAUGAUUUGAUUUUAUAGCUCUUUAUAGAUAAUAAAAUCCUUUUUGGGGACAGACUUGUUGGAUAAAACCAGAAGGAACAGCUUUGAAUGUAAAUAGAGAAGUAGCCAUCUGUGCAUCAAUCUGAUAAUGAGGUAAGAGUGUCGGUUUACUUUAGUAAACUUCAGUUUCAGAAGAUUGAUUGUUGCUUUUAAGCCAUCUGAGCGAUGUUGGCCAUCACAAGUCAUAUCUGUAUUCUUGGUGUGAUAUUCUAUCUUGUGGAACUACGCUUUCAAGAGUGACUCCAGUCAAAUGUUUAACAUGGUCCCUGUUGUGCAACAUGUCGUAUUUGUCAACUCUACUUAUGCAAGAUUUUAUUUCUGCUUGAUGCUUUUAUCUAAAUUUGAAUUCAACUAUAUUACUACUUUAACCUUAAUGUCUGUUUAAAAAAAAAAGAAGUUAUAUGUGAAAAAGACUGACUGGGGCCUAACAAAGUGAUGUCCCUACUUCAAAACUAACAUGGAAAUAACAAACAGACAUAAUGGACCAUGACGUUCUACAUAAAAUGCAAAUUAUGCAUCAUGCACUUUGGUAGAUAUCAGCUUAAUUAACUGCAGUUAAGGUUAAUAAAUAAAAACCUAUAGAAGAAGAUUGUCUAUGUUGAGAAUGCACUACAUGCUUUUUCAAAACUAAAAUGGUACUUCUCCUUUGUUCUCAUUGUCUGUAUUGUGUGUGUCUGUAAUCCAAGAAACAAGUAAAAGAAAGUUUUUCUGCGCCUUAACCCAGUGUCCUUAAAAUAUAUAUUUCAUUUUUGACUAAAUAUUUUCAUUUAGUCUACAUUAACAUCAGGGAAAGAUGUGAUGUGUGUGUCUCCGAGACCUUGAGAGGCAUGUAGACUAAAAGUGAAAAUGAUCUGCGAAAAUGAAAUAUCGGUUUAUAUUGGUACCAAACAGUUUUUUUAUCGCCUAGAUUCAUAUUUAUUUAUGCAGCUAUUUAACUCAUUUAACAUAAUUUGAAAAAAUUUAGAAAAGUUAUUGUCAGACUGUUCGUGUGGCUGAUAUAUGAAGGUGCCUCAGUAACAACAGCCUUUCUACAACGCAGGUCUGAUCUGUUGACAAACAGCAGUUUUCCCCUGACACUUUUUGCAGUGGGGUGUUACAUAUUUUACUUGAUUUUUUUUAUUGUAAGUGCAAAUUUCAUGUAAUUUUUUUUAUAGAAAGUGAUUACUAAUGUUGAAAUUUUUUUUGAGAAGAAAAAAGCUUAUGUUCAAAUGUUCUGUUAAAAAAAAAAAAUCUGUAUAACUUGGGUUCUACUUGGGUUCAUAAACCUCAUCAUUAAAUAAAUACUUAGUCAUGGGGAAAAAAACCCAACAACAAUCCUGCAGCCUCAGUCACACUACAUGGUCAGUGACCAAAAAAUAGCAUUAAUAAUUUUCCAGAUUUCCUUGUAACUUUGUUACAGUAUCCACAUUUUCUAUGAAGAAUGACGUGUCCCUUGAUGUUAUUAUCCUAUGCAAUAGUCAUGGCACUGCAAAGAAACCAAGGGAAAGAACAACUAAGCAAUGAAGUGACAAUAAAAGGCAAUGGAGUAUUAUGUGUAUUGAAAUUGCCACAGUGUUAACUUCAGAGGAAUGAAAAAUCAUACAUGCCAAAGGAAUUCUUACAAGUCAGUAACUGUGAACACACUACAACAACUAACCCAGUCCCAGAAGUACACUAACAUCAAGCAUUUAAUACAAAGGGUAUUCCAUCUUGUUCAUUUCUGUCAACUCCGACUGACACCUACAUAAUGUGUUGCCAUUUUUGUGCAAAAAGGAGAGAAAUGACUAUAACACUGGGUGUGAUAGCAUCUGGAACAGUAUUGGUCAGCAUUACAAAACUGAGUUAUAGACAGUUAUCUUACUCAACUAUUGUUUCCUUAUUUUUGAUUAUGUAAUCUAUUAAAAAUGGAUUAACUGA